UGUGCCGGCACCGAGAACAAGCUGAGCUCCCUCUCUGACCUGGAGCAGCAGUACCGGGCCCUGCGCAAGUACUAUGAGAACUGUGAGGUAGUGAUGGGCAACCUGGAGAUCACCAGCAUCGAGCACAACAGAGACCUCUCCUUCCUGAGGUCUAUCCGAGAAGUCACGGGCUACGUGUUGGUGGCUCUGAACCAGUUUGAGUACCUGCCCCUGGAGAACCUGCGCAUCGUUCGUGGCACCAAGCUCUACGAGGAGCGAUACGCUCUGGCCAUAUUCCUUAACUACAGGAAGGAUGGCAACUUUGGACUCAGGGAACUUGGCUUGAGGAACCUGACGGAGAUACUGAAUGGAGGGGUGUACGUUGGCCAGAACAAAUUUCUCUGCUUUGCAGACACCAUUCAUUGGCAAGACAUCGUGCGUAACCCCUGGGCCUCCAACUUCACUCUGGUUCCAACAAAUGGCAGCUCAGGAUGUGGUCGUUGCCACAAGUCCUGCACAGGACGGUGCUGGGGACCAACAGAGAAUCACUGCCAGACCUUGACAAAGACUGUGUGUGCAGAGCAGUGUGACGGACGCUGCUACGGGCCCUACGUCAGCGACUGCUGCCACCGCGAGUGCGCCGGCGGCUGCUACGGACCCAAGGACACCGACUGCUUUGCCUGUAUGAAUUUCAAUGACAGUGGUGCCUGUGUGACACAGUGCCCCCAGACCUUCGUGUACAACCCCACCACCUUCCAGCUGGAGCACAACCACAACGCCAAGUACACCUAUGGGGCUUUCUGCGUCAAGAAGUGCCCGCACAACUUUGUGGUGGAUUCCAGCUCUUGUGUCCGGGCAUGUCCCAGCUCCAAGAUGGAAGUUGAAGAAAAUGGUAUUAAGAUGUGCAAGCCCUGCACUGACAUUUGUCCUAAAGCAUGUGAUGGCAUUGGGACAGGGAGUUUGGUGUCAGCUCAGACAGUGGAUUCCAGCAACAUUGACAAGUUUGUAAACUGUACCAAGAUCAAUGGCAACCUCAUCUUCCUUGUCACUGGGAUUCAUGGAGACCCAUAUCACACGAUCGCUGCCAUCAAUCCAGAGAAAUUAAAUAUCUUCCAAACAGUGAGAGAGAUAACAGGGUAUUUGAACAUCCAGUCGUGGCCUGAGAACAUGACAGACUUCAGGGUGUUUUCUAACUUGGUUACCAUUGGUGGGAGAGCUCUCUAUAGUGGCCUUUCCUUGCUCAUCCUGAAGCAACAAGGCAUCACUUCCCUGCAGUUCCAGUCCUUGAAGCAAAUCAGUGCUGGCAACAUCUACAUCACAGACAACAGCAAUCUGUGCUACUACCACACUGUCAACUGGACCAGCCUCUUCAGCACCCCCAGCCAAAAGACAGUGAUCCACAGGAACAAAAGGGCAGAGAACUGCACUGCUGAUGGGAUGGUGUGCAAUGAGCUGUGCUCCAGUGACGGCUGCUGGGGCCCGGGGCCGGACCAGUGCCUGUCCUGCAAGCGCUUCAUCAGGGGCAGGACCUGCAUCGACUCCUGCAACCUCUACGAUGGGGAAUUCCGAGAAUUCGCAAACGGUUCUGUCUGUGUGGAGUGUGAUCCCCAGUGUGAAAAGAUGGAGGAAAACAUGAUCACUUGCUACGGGCCGGGUCCUGACCACUGCACAAAGUGUUUCCAUUUUAAGGAUGGUCCAAAUUGUGUGGAAAAAUGUCCUGAUGGCUUGCAGGGGGCCAACAGCUUCAUUUUCAAGUACGCCGACGAGGAUCGGGAGUGCCACCCGUGUCACCCAAACUGCACCCAGGGGUGUAGAGGCCCCGCUAGUCAUGACUGCAUUUUCUAUCCAUGGACACGGCAGUCCACUCUGCCACAGCACGCUAGAACCCCCCUGAUUGCUGCUGGAGUUAUUGGUGGCCUCUUCAUCAUCGUCAUCAUGGGCUUGACGUUUGCUGUGUACGUUCGGCGCAAGAGCAUCAAGAAGAAAAGAGCACUGCGAAGGUUCCUGGAGACUGAGCUCGUGGAGCCCCUGACCCCGAGCGGCACGGCGCCCAACCAAGCACAACUCCGCAUCCUGAAGGAGACAGAGCUGAAGAGAGUCAAGGUGCUGGGCUCUGGAGCCUUUGGAACGGUGUACAAGGGAAUCUGGGUCCCUGAGGGAGAAACAGUAAAGAUUCCUGUGGCCAUUAAGAUCCUUAAUGAGACCACUGGUCCGAAAGCCAACGUGGAGUUUAUGGAUGAAGCUCUCAUCAUGGCCAGCAUGGACCACCCACACCUGGUGAGACUCCUGGGCGUCUGCUUGAGCCCCACCAUCCAGCUGGUCACUCAGCUGAUGCCCCAUGGCUGCCUCCUGGAUUAUGUCCAUGAACACAAGGAUAAUAUUGGCUCCCAGCUCCUGCUGAACUGGUGUGUCCAAAUAGCUAAGGGAAUGAUGUACCUGGAAGAGAGGAGACUCGUCCACCGGGACUUGGCAGCCCGUAAUGUCCUGGUGAAAUCACCAAACCACGUGAAAAUCACUGACUUUGGCUUGGCCAGGCUUCUGGAAGGGGAUGAAAAGGAGUAUAAUGCUGAUGGGGGAAAGAUGCCAAUUAAGUGGAUGGCUCUGGAGUGCAUACACUACAGGAAAUUUACCCAUCAGAGUGACGUGUGGAGCUAUGGAGUCACCAUCUGGGAGCUGAUGACCUUUGGUGGGAAGCCAUACGAUGGAAUCCCAACUCGAGAGAUCCCUGACCUCUUGGAGAAGGGAGAGAGGCUGCCCCAGCCCCCAAUCUGCACUAUUGAUGUUUAUAUGGUGAUGGUGAAGUGCUGGAUGAUUGAUGCUGACAGUCGGCCAAAAUUCAAGGAGCUGGCUGCUGAAUUCUCUAGAAUGGCUCGAGACCCCCAGAGAUACCUGGUAAUUCAGGGAGAUGAUCGUAUGAAGCUCCCAAGCCCAAAUGACAGCAAGUUCUUCCAAAAUCUUCUUGAUGAGGAAGACCUGGAAGAUAUGAUGGAUGCUGAAGAAUAUCUUGUUCCUCAAGCCUUCAACAUUCCUCCUCCCAUCUACACCUCCAGGACAAGAAUUGAUUCCAACAGGAGUGAAAUUGGACACAGCCCUCCUGCCUACACCCCUAUGUCAGGAAACCAGUUUGUGUACCGGGAUGGUGGCUACGCUGCCGAGGUGCCGAUGCCGUACAGGGCUCCAGGCUGCAUCAUUCCAGAGGCCCCAGCCGCUCAAGGGGCCACAGCAGAGAUCUUUGAAGACACUUGCUGCAAUGGCACGAUGCAGAAACAGGUGGCAACCCUGGCAAAAGAGGACAGCAGCACCCAGAGGUACAGCGCCGACCCCACCGUCUUCAUUCCCGAGCGGGUCGUGCGGGGAGAGCUGGAUGAGGAUGGGUACAUGACACCGAUGAGAGACAAACCUAAAACAGAUUACCUGAACCCAGUGGAAGAGAACCCCUUUGUUUCCCGACGAAAGAACGGAGAUCUCCAAGCUGUGGACAACCCAGAGUACCACAACGCUCCCAACGGGCAGCCCAAAGCAGAGGAUGAGUACGUGAACGAGCCCUUGUACCUCAACACCUUCGCCAACACCUUGGAAAACGCCGAGUACCUGAAGAACAAUUUGCCAGAGAAAGCCAAGAAGGCCUUUGACAACCCAGACUACUGGAACCACAGCCUGCCCCCACGGAGCACCCUCCAGCACCCGGACUACCUGCAAGAGUACAGCACAAAAUACUUUUACAAACAGAACGGACGGAUCCGGCCCAUAGUGGCAGAGAAUCCUGAAUACCUCUCCGAGUUCUCCCUGAAGCCUGGCACUGUGCUGCCCCCGCCGCCCUACAGACACCGGAAUACCGUGGUGUAGUGGCUGUGCUCUCACUGAAGUGGAAAGGCAACCCCUUCUAGCUGCCUCACUCUCUCGCUCCCCCUUCCUCCCUGCCCUUGCCCGUCUUUCUUCCCUCCCUCCCUUCCUCCCUCUCUUUCUCCCAUGAGCUUCCUCUUCUUGCCAGUUCACUCAUUUUUGAUAUUUCUAAGUGAAAGGAUGUCUUGGAGUUGGUUGCAGAUUGGGUUGGGCACCUGGAAGGAAGGAAAGAGACUGGAAGAAGGAUUUUUGACUGACCUGGCCUUUCCCACCUUCAGCAGAGGCCCAGAGGAGCCAGGUGGUAGCAGGAGAGGCCAGCGGCAGUGCUGCUGUGGAGCUCGUUCUCAGUGAUUCAACCAGACACUGUAGGGAAAGCCACAGGAAGGCUGAUUCUUUCAGCAGGAACUGAUGAGAGUCUGUACAGCAUUCCUGGAAAUCUCCAUGCAAUUUCCAUCAGGGUGAAAAAUGGACAAUUUUUAUAUCCCGUGCGAUAGCGUAGUAAUUGAGAUUGAGAAUCCAAUUUCUUUCUCUAACACUUUCUAUCCCAGCAACUGAAAAUGGCUAACAUAGCUUUUCAAAAACAUUCAGAUCUUCAUUGUGGCUUUCCAAGAAAUGAUAAUGUGACUCCCACAUACUAAACCCUUAUUCUGAGCCACACCAUGAUUUUGUGCCAAUUCC